GGGCCCGGGCUGCACGAGCGCGCGUGCGCCUCGGAACUGGAGCCGCGGGAGGAGGCGGGAGCUGCGGAGGCGGCGGAGGGGGCGGGUCGCGUCGGGCGCCACGUCCGCAGCCAGAGGCCUCCGCCUCCACCACCGCCGCCACAGUCUUCCAGCUCCACAUCCUGAGAGGACGCCUCUGGAGUCGCGACUGCCCGGGGUUGUGCCGGCCGCCGCUGCCGCCCAGGCCGCCUCAGCUCUCCUCGGCGCCGGCCCGCUCACUCCGCCCGGCCCCAGCCCUAGCGCUGGCCGCGACCCCGGCGCCUUUGAAACUUCUGCUGGUGUGAGUGCCCUCAGGGGUUCCCCAGGAAUAUCGAUACAACACCAACAGGAGAUCAUGAAUCAGACAGAUAAAAAUCAACAAGAAAUCCCAUCAUACCUUAAUGAUGAACCACCAGAAGGUUCAAUGAAAGAUCACCCACAGCAGCAGCCAGGCAUGUUGUCCCGUGUGACUGGGGGUAUCUUCAGUGUUACAAAGGGAGCUGUUGGUGCCACCAUUGGUGGUGUGGCUUGGAUUGGUGGAAAGAGUCUGGAAGUGACCAAAACAGCUGUUACAACUGUGCCUUCCAUGGGAAUAGGGCUGGUGAAAGGGGGUGUCUCUGCUGUGGCUGGAGGUGUUACAGCUGUUGGGUCUGCUGUUGUAAACAAAGUGCCCUUAACAGGAAAGAAGAAAGACAAAUCUGACUGAAAUAUAGAGAUACCCUUGCGCUCCACAGCACUGUAAUGCCAGUGGCAUUGAAUUGCUAAAUUAUGGACUACAACCAAGUCAACUGUUUUGGACAUUUAUCUUCUAAACUGCUGUGUUGAAAGUAUUGAUGACUGGCUUUCAUCUAAAAAGAAGAGACCAAUACGAGCACAGUAUAUGAAGGUUUCUCAUACUUAAGUUCCAGCUUUUUAUCUGGUAAAAUGUUACACUUACUCGGUUGUAACUGAAGAUAUGGUAUGUUUGAAUAUUUACUAUAAGUCUUUCAGUUUGACUAAAAAUGUGAAAGUUGAAUUUAGUAGAUGAUCUUCACAGUUCCAUAUGUAUAAUGUGCCAGGUAACUCACCUGCCCCUUAAGAAGGGAACCUUGAAUUACAUAAGCCGUACCUUUGAUGUGCCUAAUAGUUUCAGAUGUCUUAGUUUUUUAUAAUCAUAGUUGAUUAGGCCAAGAGGCAUUCAUUUCUUAUUUAAGCUGGCAAAAUUAGCAGGAAUUAGAGAAGUUUAAAAAGAUAAAUGGUUUUAUGAUAAUGUUAACCAUCUUUUGUUAGUAAAUAUGCGUUCUAUUAUUUUAAUCAUUGAUGCCUUACAAAAGAAAACAUCUUUUCUAAUACCCUGAAUAUGUGCUGUUCUUAGAAUCAUCUAUGGAUUCUUUUAAAGGUUGUUUGUGAAAUUAGUUUUCCCUCUUUAGAAUCUCAGGAGUAGUGGGGUAAAGACAUUUCCUGCUGUCAGUGGAUAAGACAGUGCUUGUUAACUGUUUUGGCAGUAGUUAAAAUCAAAUUGUACACUUCUCAGCCUGGGUUCAUGCUUCAUCAUUAAUACACCUCACAGUGCCUAAGGAACAUUUACUUACUGGUCAGAAGGUAUUUUGGAAGAGUUUCAUAUUAAGGAGGAACAAAUAAUAAUUUUAAGUUCUUAAAAAUUACCUAAAACACCCCAAAUAUAAAAAGAAGCCUUCACACCUAUUCUGUCUUUAGGAUGUCUUAAAUUAUUAGCAGUACUCCUUUUUUAAAAACACUGUAAAAGUAACCACAAAUAUGUGAGGACUUACUAUUUUAAAUGGAAUGGAAUGCGCUCCAUAGAUUAGUUUUGAAUAUAAAGUAUAUAAAAGUGCAUCAGUGGUUUAUAUAGGCUUUAAAAACAUGUUAUCUUACAGUCCUUUAAAGCAGCCAUGGAGUUUGUAUCAUUUUUCAAGCCAGUUUCAGUCAGGGAUUUGAAUUGUUUGAUUAUGGAUGAUAAAUGUGUCAUAUCUUAUUAAUAUGUCUCAUGUCUCGUUCCUUCUUAAUAUGAUUUAGCUGGAAUUCAUUUUCUUUUCGUUUCAUAUUUAAUUUCAUAAAACGUUUAACAAUUGGCAUAUAUACUUGGCAUUCCUGUCCACCAAGGAUUGUAAUCCAAGCCUGGGAAAAUCUUAAAUUUCUUUUUACUUAAAUCUGGAAAUUUGUCUCCAUUCUGCCACCUUUUUUUUUUUUUUUUUUUUUAUAGUGGAGGGGAGGAAAGGGGGGUGAUACCUUGCAGUAAGUAAGUCGAAAUAGCAUGCCUGAAAAUUUGAAACAGACCAUUCUAACACCCAAGGCUUGUUUAUAAAAUACUUGAGAAUUACAUUAAUGUGGAAUCAACAGAUGCAGAAGAAUAUAACAUAACUUUUAAAAGCUUUCAUAAAUACCAGCAGCAAUUGUAAGCAAAUCUACAAAGGUUCUUGAACCUUUCUAUUAUAUACAAAACUGAAAAGUCAUUAAGGAGCUCAACUAAUCAGGAAUUAAAUGGUCAUUUAUUUCAUGCAGUAUGAUUUAAGGUAUUUCUUGGGAUUCUGGUCAAAUGUCAUAAUCAGCAAACGGGAUUUAAAAAAAAACUCCAAAAUCAAUAGGUGAACACUAAAUAAUUAUCUAAAUAAUGGUAUUGGAGAACUUGUUUCCUGCUAUUUGGAAGAGAUUGUUGCUUCAUUGCUAGUUUGUAUUUCUAACUUCUACAGUUAUAGACUCCACUGUGCUUUGUGUCUGAAUUUCUUAGUAUAGACAUUUUGUUUACUGUAUGCUUGCAUAUUUAUUUUCAACUUUGCCUGUCUUUAAAAUUGCUUGAGGAAAAAUGGUUGUAAUUAAUUUCUGCUACAGAAAAGCCACCUGGUACGUUUUGUCUCAUCAGGAUUGUUUUAAAUUCUAAACUAUAACUUUGUUCAGAGGGGCUUUUGCAAUGAUAGCAGAAAACUGUACAAAUGUACAGUUAGUUAUAGAGGUUCUUGUUGAAAUGAACUUACCAUCUGAUAUGUAUGUACAGCUGUGUACUUGAGUCUUUUUUAGUUUACUUAGAAAGACUAGCAAUUUGACCUGUUAAACAGGACUAGUUCAAGUCAAGAAACUAAGGUUGUUGUAUAAACCUGGAGGCAUCUGUUAUUCAGCUUAUCCUUUGAGUGGGUAUUUGGCACAAUGAGGAUAAACUUAUGUGACCCACUUGAAUGGCUGAUCUAAUAAUGUUGACAUUAUGCAUUCUGUACUUAGUGAAAUGUCAGAUGAAAAUAACUGAUGAAUAAUUUUUUUGUAUUAAAGGGAUGGGAAAAGAACACAUGAAUUUGUUAAUAAAGCACUAUGAUCUGCAAACGAUGGAAUGUUUCAUAAAGAUCUAAAGAAAUAAAGGAAACUUUAAAACAG